CAAAGGGAAGACUUACCAAUUCCCCUGUUUUUAACUCAAAAAUCAAAACAUUUCAGCAAAACCAGGAUCAUCUAUUUCUCCCCUCCUCCAAGAUCAUGGCAAGUGGACUAAGACCACCUUCAUCAUCAUCUUCAAAUCAAUCAUUCACCGCUAAACUUAUUCUUCUUCUAACUCUUCUUCCAUUUACUCUUGCUGCUUUUGCUUUUGUUCUUCAAUGGCGUGGAGGUGUUACAGACCCUUCUACUCUUGACUCUUCAGAAGACCACAAAUUUCCUGGCAUGGAUAGUUCUCCUCCUACUACUACUACUUCCCAUGUUUCUUCUUCUGAUUGUGGCCCUCUUUUAAGCCAUCUUUCCCCUUCUUUUCCUUAUUAUCGUGAUUGGAAGUUUCAUUAUCAAACCGAUCUUAAGCCUAAGAUUGCUAUCACGACGAGUACCUCGGGAAGUUUGGAGCAGAUUCUUCCAUGGAUGUUCUUUCAUAAGGUUAUUGGGGUCACUACAUUUUACUUAUUUGUGGAAGGAAAGGCUGCAUCUCCAAAAGUUUCGAAAGUCUUGGAAUCUAUUCCAGGAGUAAAGGUAAUUUACAGAACAAAUGAGCUAGAGCAGAAACAAGCUAGAAGUCGGAUUUGGAAUGAGACAUGGCUAGCAAGUUUCUUCUACAAGCCGUGCAAUUAUGAGCUGUUUGUGAAGCAGAGUCUUAAUAUGGAGAUGGCAAUCGUUAUGGCUAGGAAUGAUGGUGUGGAAUGGAUUCUUCAUCUUGAUACCGAUGAGUUAAUACAUCCUGCUGGUACUCGAGAGUAUUCAUUGAGGCAGCUGCUGCUUGAUGUGCCUAAGAACGUUGAUAUGGUUGUAUUUCCCAACUAUGAAAGCAGUGUGGAGCGUGAUGAUAUCCAAGAUCCUUUUAGUGAGGUAUCUAUGUUUAAGAAAAACUAUGAUCAUCUCCCAAAAGAUACAUACUUUGGCAUGUACAAGGAAGCUACACGUGGAAAUCCUAAUUACUUCUUAACUUACGGCAAUGGGAAAUCUAUUGCUCGCAUACAAGAUCAUCUCCGUCCUAAUGGUGCUCAUCGGUGGCACAAUUAUAUGAAGACACCAAAUGAGAUAAAAUUUGAAGAAGCUGCUGUACUGCAUUAUACAUAUUCAAAAUUUUCAGACUUGACUUCUAGACGUGAUCGAUGUGGAUGCAAGCCUACUAAAGAAGAUGUUAAGAGAUGCUUCAUGUUGGAAUUCGAUAGAGCAGCUUUCAUAAUUGCUUCAACUGCUACUGAGGAGGAAAUGCUGAAGUGGUAUCAAGAGCAUGUUGUAUGGGGAGACAAAGCUUUAAAUCUGAAACUCUUGCGAAAGGGCAUUUUAACUCGUAUAUAUGCUCCCAUGGUCAUUGUUCAGGGUUUAAGAGAGUCGGGUAUUUUCACUUCCAUCAUUGAAUCUGCUUCGACAUCGCUCUCAAAGGAUAAAUUCUUAUCGUCCAUCGAGAGUUCGAAUUCGACAAGACGUGACAAGUCUGUUGUUUCCUCGAGGAAGAUGAGUAGAAAAACCGAGUCUCAGGCAACUGCAAGGAGGGUUUUGCAGCUUACAGAUGUCAUUCACGAAGCUGCUGUUCCACCAUUGCCAGCACCGGACGCAAACGACAGUAAUAAUAUGGUUGAAUCAUGGUAGAUAUUACAUAUUCAUUUGAUUACACUGCUUCCUUUUCGUCUUCCCAUUAGUCAACCAUUCAUUUGAUUACCAUGCUACUGAACACACUGCUUUAAAAGUUUUUGUAUAGGUUCUUCCCAAGUGCUUUGUAUACUGAUAGUGCGAGCGAGGUUGGUAGCGGAGUAUUUUUUGACCCUGUUCGUUUUUAGUUCCGGCCUUACGCCGUAGUUUGAAAACCGGGGUCAUAUUUUAUGUGUAGAAACUAAUGGUUAAUAUGAUGAGGAAAUUGUUUUACUCUAAUGAGAAAAGUAGAUACAUUGACAAUAGACAUAGAUAGUGUAGACAUCUUAGUAUGAAGUUCUUUGAAUGAAUGUGAUGUUCAAAAUAUUUCUACUCUCUAUCUC